AUGUAAAAUAUUAGUGAGUUCAAAUUCCCAACUCAUCUGAAUAAUGAUCAAAUAAAUGCAAUAAAGCAUAUCGGACAACCUCUGCUAGUUUUAGCUGGAGUUGGAACUGGAAAGACAGAAACUCUAAUGACUAAGUUUGCAUAUCUGGCACACAAGUGUAAUGACUAUGAGAAAAUACUUGCUGUUACUUUUACCAAAAAGGCUGCAAAUGAAAUGUAAAAGAGAGCUCAACAGAUACUAAGGAAAAACUUUUCAUUCUAGCCUUGGAUUGGAACAUUUCAUAAUAUUAGUAGAAGAUUUCUCUAGAUGGACUGCAACUAUAAGAUCAUGGGACUUAAAAAAGACUUUGAUAUUGCUGAUGAAAAGAAAGCGAGGGAAUACGUUGGUAAAGCUUUGAAGCAUCUUAAAAAAUCUGAAAACAGCACUAUUGUUUAGAGAAUUUGA